AUGAAGCAGACGUUCCAGAACCGGCUCCAGAAGAAUGAAUCAAAUACAGGAAUCCGUAUUCCAACAGGAGAUGACAAUACAAAGGAGCCUGGAUAUAUGACAGCCAUGAUGCAAUGGCAGGUUAACAGGCAAUUCAGGAAGGACCGUGAGGCUGCCAUGGCUAGAAUUCCAAACCCGGAUGCUGUAGUCCAGCAGCUAGAUCUUUCUUAUGGCCCUCCACCAGGAUUGGCAUGGCCAUAUCAGGAAAACCCUCUCAUUGCACAGAUAGUUGGGAUACCAGAGCAUGGAGAGAUCUAG